AGGCUAGCCGCAAAAUGACUCGCAGUUUGGUGAGGUGACGCAGCGUGAGUCACGGCCCACAAUGGAAAUAGCUACGGCACUUACGUUUGACAGUUCUGAAUCUGAUUCGGAAGAUGAGCUCGUAUCCGAAUUGGUAUUGUUUAUCUCCCAAAUGACCAAAAGAAAGGCAGCAAGAGGUCUGUACUUAAAAAGAAGAAAAAGUCACGGAGAAUUUGCUAUGACCAAAGAAUUUAACGACGAACAAUUUAAAAAUUAUCUUCGGCUAAACCGGGACCAGUUUAUCGAAGUGCAUGAGAUCAUCAAAAAAGAAAUUGACGCAGAAGGAUGUAACGCUACAAGGCCCAUCGGGACGGAAGAGAAACUAAGUGUAUUUCUAAGAUACUUGGCAACAGGAAACAGCUACAGAAGUAUGGCGUACAGCUACAGAAUGGGUGAUCGAACAGUUUCUAACAUUGUGCGAGAGGUAUUUGGAAGCUGAUGCAACCAAUAUAUUUGCCACAACCAACUGA